UCCAAAAGGGACCCUUUUGCCAUCCACCGGCAGCACAUGAACCGCAUGCUUUCUGGAAGCUUUGGCUUUGGCCCCCUCCUUGGCAUCACUGAUGGCACCGCACCUGGAGCUCGCCAGCCCGGCCGCAGGAUGCAGGCAGGAGCUGUUUCACCCUUUGGGAUGCUUGGCAUGGCAGGUGGCUUUAUAGAUAUGUUUGGGAUGAUGAACGACAUGAUUGGAAACAUGGAGCAUAUGACAAGCGGUGCUAACUGCCAGACAUUUACCUCCUCAACUGUCAUCUCCUACUCCAACCUGGGCGAUGGGCCCAAAGUCUAUCAGGAGACCUCAGAGAUGCGUUCAGCACCCGGCGGGGUACAGACAGUGAAACUCUGA